AUGGAGCACUCAUCACGGUCCUCUGCCCCUCUAGAAUCAGGAGGUAACCCUGAGACGAGUUUAAACAGCCUGAUGCCAGCACCAACAUCCGCAGAUGAUGCACAGGUUUCUUCGAAAACUGUGCCGAAAAAUGGUAAAAAUGGACGUAAGGCUGUUGAGUCUAUCUCCUCUGAUAAGCCGAACUCUCAGGUUAAAAGACCUAGGAGAACCACUUCUCAGUAUGUGGAUUAUAACUUGAAAAAGCGAAGAAUUAUACCGCCUGAUGACUAUUCCAAAAGGGGGAAGCCCAGUAGUGUAACAGCCAGUAACUCAGAGGGGGACAGCGAUAUUUUCGAAGAGGACCAAAAAAGUAUUAUAGACCUCGAUGAAAAUGGUACACCCCAAAUGAAUGAGCCAAAACAUAUUAUAGAUGCAAAAAAUGGAGCCACAGGAGUUUUUCUUAGUCAAGGACCUUCAGAAAAAAUCAAAAAGGAGUAUCUUUGGAAUUACAAGAAGAAUUCAUCCGGAUCACUCACUAAUAACAUUAAUAAUAAUAAAAACUCAAAUUCUGAAAUGAUUAUACAGCCAGAUUGGAAUUUUCAAGAUAAGUUGCUUGAGAAUGAACUAUACAAAUCAAAGCUUAGAACGGUAAAAUCUGAGUCAAUGACUAAGUUAAGUAGUUUGCGAGAACAAUUAAGGGCAAAGGAUAUACACGAAAAUGAAAGGGAUAAACUAAUAGAUAAUGUCAAUCGAACGGAGCAAGAAUCCAACGAUUGCAAUCAUAGUAGUCGCCAUUCUACAACGCACAUAAAAAUUAAGGCCACAAUAUCAAAAGAAUCAAAGAGCAAGUUAUUUGGACAAAAUUCAAUUGCAAAUUUGCCCCCUAAUAGCAAUUGUACAAAACCAAAUAACUCAAGGUUAACAAAUCCAGCGGAGGAGAUUGAAAAUGAUGAUUUUUGUUCGUCCUGCUCACAGACAGGUUCAUUUUUAUGUUGCGAUACAUGCCCUAGAUCGUUUCAUUUCCUUUGCUUAAAUCCUCCGCUAAAUGCAAACAAUUUACCCGAAGGUGAUUGGUCAUGCCCACAAUGUACAUUCAAGCUCAAAUACAGCAGUCAAACCCAAAUUAAAAAAGUUGAAAAAGAUUUCAUACAGAAUAAAUUACCUACAAAGGGAAAGCUUUUUGGCAAAUUAAUUUUUCAGUUGGGGGCAACAAAUCCAAGACAAUUCAAGCUACCCCAUGCGAUAAGGGACUACUUCGUCAAUAUAAAUACAGGGUCAAGAGAUCAAUAUCAGGACGAAAAAGAAAAGGACCCUUUAACAGAGAAGCAAUUGUUCGGUACGCCGUACGGCCAAAGUAUCACAAAAUUAGACGCAUAUAAUCCAGAUUCGCAUUUCGACCCAGAAACAGGAGAGCUAUUACUAUGUUAUAAAUGCGGCAAAUCCAAAAUGGGCACUUGGGAUAAUCCAAACGAUUCUCGUUUGAUAACGAGGUGUGAUUAUUGCCGUACUCCUUGGCAUUUGGAUUGUAUACCUGAAGUUCCCCGAGCUUCUUUAAAAAAUUUGGGGACAAAUUGGAAAUGCCCUCUUCAUGCUCCGACGGACAAAUUAAUGCAUAAACAGCGAAGAAUGACGAAAAAUCAAAAAUUUAUAGAGCCAUUCCAAACUUGUGGUUUUAAAAAUAAUGGUGAUAUUGAUGUAGACUUAGUCGAAAUAUCAGCACCAGGCUCCAGGCAGAUGAUAGAAUCGGCAAAAAAUAUAGGCAACUUUCCUCCAGUUCCCAUAUUAAAAGAGAGCUCUAUUAAAUUAGAUUUCAUGGACAAAAUAUAUCGUGCUAAAAAAGUUCGGAGGGAUAAUGAAUUAAAAUGUCAGGAACAUUUAAUUGAUCGACUAAUUGUAUCUUCAUCGUUGGUAGCAAUGGAGAAUAAUCACAGCAACUUAGCAGAGCUAAUAUCAUUCAUCUAUUUCACAUUAAAUAAAGAUGCACAUGCAAAAAAGUUGUGGGAUUUCAAAGAACUUUGCCAUGUUGCCGAACAGGAAUUGGAAAAGGUUGAAAUAUCCUCUGGAGAAAUAAAACAACUCAUAAUACUAAAGAAGCUGCUAGAAUCAAAACCGAAAGAAGAGUUGAUAAGAUUUUUUAAUUUGGAGCCUUAA